CUUGCUGAGCUCAUCUGCCCUUGAAGCUCCUUCCCCCACCGAUCAGGUGUGACUGGCAGUUGGUGGGGGCCCCACAUUUUCUGAACUCCUAUUUCUGUCCUGCAGACCUUCCUGGGGCUGCAGGGAUCUGCCCCCAUCAGCUGACGGGGCAGAGGCAGAGAGACCAGCGCUUCUGCUCUUGUGAAAUAAUCGCUGCAGAGUCAGUGUUGGUAUCUCUUGCCAAACCCUGGGCGCGAAGCCGGUUCUAGCAGAUGGUGUAAAAGCGUCUCCUGGCGCGGCUUCCUACAGAGGCUGAGGGAGCCCCAGGAUGGACCAGAGACCAGAACUCGCAAGGAUUGGGGCAAGCUUGCUGCUGGCACUGGGCAUCCUCUGGCCCCGGGCAUCUCCCUGUGGCAUUUCAACACACAUCGAAAUAGGACACAGGUCUCUAGAAUUUCUUCAGCUUCAACAUGGGAAUGUUAACUACAAGGAGUUGUUGCUUGAACAUCAGGAUGCCUACCAGGCUGGGACAGUGUUUCCUGAUACCUUUUACCCCAGUUUUUGUGAAAGAGGAAAAUUCCACGAUAUUUCUGAGAGCACUCACUGGACGCCAUUUCUUAACGCCAGUAUUUGGUACAUCCGCGAGAACUACCCUCCGCCCUGGGACAAGGACACAGAGAAACUAGUGGCAUUCCUGUUUGGAAUCACCUCCCACAUGGUGGCAGAUGUGAGCUGGCACAGUCUGGGGAUAGAACAAGGAUUCCUCCAGACCAUGGGGGCCAUCGAUUUUCAUGGCUCAUAUUCAGAGGCUCAUUCAACCGGGGACUUUGGCGGAGAUGUGUUAAGCCAGGCGGAAUUCAAUCAUAAUUACCUCUCGAGGCACUGGUAUAUUCCUGUCAAAGACCUCCUAGAAAUUUAUAAACAACUCUAUGGCCAUGAAGCUAUCACUGAAAAAGUAAUUGUUGACUGUUCUUACCUUCAGUUCUUUGCACUGUAUGGUGAAGUAAUAGCCAUUUCCAAGCUUUAUCCUACUUAUUCUAGAAAAUCUCCAUUUAUGGUGGAACAAUUCCAAGAUUAUUUCCUUGGAGGAUUGGAUGACAUGGCAUUUUGGUCGACUAAUAUUUAUCGUCUAACAAGCUUCAUGUUAGAAAAUGGGACCAGUGGCUGCAAUCUCCCCGAGAAUCCUCUGUACAUUGCAUGUGAUGGAAAGCAGAACAACACCCCAAGCAGCCCCAAAGAACAGAAAAAUGGUUUCCAUAGAAAUGUGACAACUCCCCCAGUGAAGGAUGUCAAGAGGGCAAUCAAGCACACGGAGAGAGGUGUGAUCUUCAGUGUGGAUUCCUGGGACAUGGAUACGGAUUCUCUGACCUCUGUGUAUCAUACCUUGGAAAGGAAACUCCACACGCUGUUCUCAGGCGGCUCCCAGAAGCCACUGAAGCGUGUUUCCAGACCCUUGGCCUCUUACUUCUUGUCAAGUUCCUAUGCCCGACUGGGCUGGGCAAUGGAUUCAGCAGACCUCAACCAGGAUGGGUUGGGCGACCUGGUGGUGGGCGCCCCUGGCUACAGCCGUCCAGGCCACAUCCAGGUUGGCCGUGUGUACAUCAUCUACGGGAACUCCCUGGGCCUGCCGCCUGUCGACCUGGACCUCGACCAGGAGGCUCACAGUAUCCUGGAGGGCUCCCAGCCCUCAGGUCGGUUUGGUUCAGCUGUGGCCGUGGUGGACUUUAACGCGGAUGGUCUCCCGGACCUGGCUGUGGGGGCACCCUCGGUGGGCUCAGAGAAGCUCACAUAUAAAGGCGCCGUCUACAUCUACUUGGGCUCCCAGGACACAGGAGUGUCCCCUUUGCCCAACAUCACCAUCUCCUGCCAGUACACUUACUGCAACUUGGGCUGGACCCUGUCAGCUGUGGACAUGAAUGGAGAUGGGAAGCCCGACCUGGUCAUGGGCUCCCCCUUCGCACCUGGUGGAGGGAAGCAGCGGGGAUUUGUAGCAGCCUUUUACUCUGGUCCCAGCAGGAGUCACCAAGACAGGCUGGACGUGCAGGCGGCCGACUGGACAGUUCGGGGCGAGGAAGACUUCGCCUGGCUCGGCUACUCCCUGCAUGGGGUCCCGAUGGACAACAGGACACUGCUGCUGGUUGGGAGCCCCACCUGGAAGAACACCAGCAGCUUGGGCGCCCUGUUCAGGUCCAAGGACGAGAAGCAGAGUCUGGGCCGCGUGGACGGCUACUUCUUGCCCAAUGGCAGCAGUUUCAGCUUGGCUGGAGACAAGGCCAUGGGGAAGUUGGGGACCUCCCUGUCCAGCGGCCAUGUGAUGUUGAACGGCACCCGGACACAAGUGCUGCUGGUGGGGGCCCCCACACAUGAUGAUGUGUCGAAGAUGGGUUUCCUGACCAUGACCUUGCACCAAGGGGGGUUCACUCGGAUGUACGCCCUGAACUCCGACCCGGAGCCAUCUCUGCUCAGCUCCUUCAGCGGGGACAGGCGCUUCUCCCGGUUUGGUGGUGGCCUGCACCUCAGUGACCUGGACAACGAUGGCUUAGAUGAAAUCAUCCUGGCUGCCCCAAUGAGGAUCUCAGACAUGACAGCUGGGCUGAUUGGGGGAGAAGACGGGCGUGUUUACAUCUACAAUGGCAGACAGACCACCUUGGGGGACAUGACCGGCAAAUGCAAGUCCUGGAUCUCCCCGUGUCCUGAAGAAAAGGCCCAAUACGUUCUGAUUUCUCCUGAACCCAGCUCCAGGUUCGGAAGUUCCUUGAUCACAGUGCGGUCCAAAGACAAGAAUCAGCUUGUCAUUGCUGCAGGAAGAAGCUCUUUUGGGGCCCGGCUUUCGGGAGCACUUCACAUCUACAGCCUGGCUUAGAUAGGAGGAUUUCACACCGCUCUCCUAAUGCAUCAACCCCACUCAUGCCAGUCACUUCGUGGGUGAGAGUGUUCUGCUGGACAACGGGGCACACAGUAGAAACAUGUAGAUAUGUAGAUUCUCUAGAUGGAAGGUUCUGGAGCAGAGCCAGCCAGAUUAUCUGAAGCAUGGUCCAGAGAAA